AGGUCUUACACUCCACAGACUGUACGCCCGACAACAAUGGCAGCAGUCGAGGCUCCGGCCAAUGUUCCCAAAACCAGCAGCGAAGGAUACGAGAAGAAAUGUAUUUUCUGCAGAAUUGUCAACAAGGAAAUGGGCACAGAGCUCAUCCACUGUGAUGAGGACAUCUCAUGUUUCCAAGACAUCAAACCAGGAGCUCCCCAUCAUUACCUUGUCGUUCCAACCAAACAUGUAGGGAACUGUAAAUCACUCGGCAAGGAACACGUGCCUUUAGUGAAGCAGAUGGUCGCCACGGGGAAGGAGAUCCUCCAGAAAAAGAACAUAACGGAUCUUACUGAUAUCAGGUUGGGUUUCCACUGGCCCCCAUUCUGCUCUGUCACACACCUACACCUUCAUGUCCUGGCACCUGCCAGUCAAAUGAGCUUCAUGUCUCGGCUCUUCUACAGACUCAACUCCUAUUGGUUCAUCACGGCAGACCAGCUGAUUGAGCUUCUCAACUCUAAAGAAGAGUCAAACUGAUCACGUGUUUGGAUCAAGUUCUUAAAGCAUUGGACGCUGAUGGAACUGAAACAUCCACCUUCCACACCCUCAAAUUAAGAUGUGGUCUGUGAUGUCAUUUUAAACCGGGGACGUAUUUGCAACAAAUUACCACUUUUCCGACUGAGAGCCAAAUGAAGGCUUGAAGGAAGCCAACUGUUUUUUUGCUCCUUCAGACAUCUCACACUAACUUUUUUUUCUUCAUAUUUUAAAAGAAGAAGUUAAUGUAUUUUCCUCAAGUCCACCACCAAAUCCAAAUUACUUUUAUCAGAAAUCCCAUAGCGUGUGAUUCACCUUCCUGAUGGGAAUUGUGUGGGUCAAAGCUCAGAGUUAAACCCUUAUGAAGUAUUUACAAAGCUGACACGUGAUCCUUUGACACGCGCAUGAAGUGAAGUUUGAUAAAUCAGCUCAACAAGCACAGACAUAUAUAUAUAUAGUGGGUUAGUGUUUGCAUGUGAUACAAUGUCUUCAGGGUAAAUAACACCAACGACGUGGUGCUUGAAGAUCACAUUUAUGCAAGAUGAUACAACACUAUACCAAGAAUGAAAAGAAAGAAAUCUACAGUAUGAAAGUGAAUAUACUUUAAGAAUGAAUUUAACUUAAUAAAUAAUAUAUGCUGCU